CCAAUGUGGACUAGAUUGUAAACACUCGUGGAAGUGCGCUCUAUGUUUAAAGGGUGAAACAGCUAAUUGUUUUGUGUAAAAUUGAAACUACUUUCAUUCACAAACAAGUAUAUAUGGUAGCUCUUUACAGACAUUAAUUCAUCCUUCUUCAGAGCUUCAGAGAGGCACACGAGGCAGUAGCGCUGACAUUCUACUUGAGAUGCUACUGAAAGCAGAAUGAAAUACAAGGAGAGUGAGCUGUCAUGGUGUGGGUGAGGAUCUAAAGUAUCAGAAGAACGUGGAUCUCAAUCUGAAUCAGUGUUAAAGAGACGGUGAUCCAUGGCCUAGUCAGUACUUCAGCAGUGUUGCAUAUGAGCGAUCUGACGGGAUACCAACAACUCUCAUGUGAUCCUCCGUCUUUCAGUCUGACCAAUCUCUCCCAGAUGCAGCGAACACGCGGCCCGCGGAGCGAAGCAAAAUGCCUCAAGAGGAAAAAGGGAUUCAUGUCUUUAGUUAAGGGAAUUUCUCCCCUUCCUAUACGAGCCAAGAAACACAUGUACUCUAAAUUACAGCUUUGGAUGUGGAGGAAGAGGAGGGAGAAAUGCUUUUUCGGAGCAAAGAAAAGAGCUCACAGGAUCACCUCCAGCCCUUUACUCAGUGUGAAGACACGGUCACAGGAAAACAAAGUCCCAACCAAUCACACACCAAAGCUCGAAGAUUCAGACACAGCAUCGGCUCUCAGGUGUGACACUGGAGCUUCAGAGGUAACGACCAGAGGGAAAGAUUGCCUGCUGUCGCUUAGUGAAUCUCUCAGUCCGUCAGAAACGUUAAAUCCAUCCAGUUAUUUGCAGAACCAGGUCAAGGACACAAAUGUUUCUGAGGGUAACACGAGUCAAACUUUGCUAUCUCAGAAAAAAGAAGCUUUGGAACAACUCAGUAAAGUUACAGACCCUUUAACACUUUCUCAAACGGUGGAACCCGUGUUGAAUACAGAAAGUAAUGCAUGUGGGUUGAACUCACAUUUAAAUAAAGAAAGGACAUUGGUUCAGGCUCAAAGGCUAGAGGCUGGCGUCCAAUCUGCUCCGCAUCAUUUGACUUCUGUGGCUCCAGGUGAGAAUCAGAUUCCAAAGAGACACACGAAUAAUGGCAUCAGCAGUAAGUCUCCUCCAACUGACGUCAGACUGCUGGCAAAAGACAUCCAAGAAUUUCUUGAGGACUUCUACAGAAUAUAUGGUAGUUUCAUCCCAUUACAAAAGAGAGACGUGUUGAGACAUCUGAAGAGGAAGUUCAACACUGAUUUCAGCGGCAGGACAAAUAUAGUCUUCCAAGAAGUGACCAAAUACCAAGAUGUGAUGUUUCAGGAGCCCGUCCCCUGCUUCCAGGUGCUCUACAAGAAACACACGCUGACUCUGGAGGACUUGUCCACACUGGCAGAUCAGAACUGGCUCAACGACCAGGUCAUGAACAUGUAUGGAGAGUUGAUUAUGGAAUCCGCGCAUCACAAGGUAAAUUCUACCUACAUGUUUUUUCCUUUUUUAAAUAUAAUUGGAACACCAGCUUGGUGA